AUGAAUAAAGUACUUGAGGAAUCAAGGUCGGCUGCUCGAAAACAAGAAGAUGAAGAUCUCGAAAAAGCAAAAGAACGAAGUCUGGAAGAAAUGAAGGCGCAGUCCGACUACUCAUCAAUGCAAGAUCAUGGACAGAGUUACGACCAGGAAACCAACAAGCGUCGCUGGUCAUCAACAUGGGACGAUCCAGAAAAUCCCGUGGAUCGCGCUAGAGUAGAUGAUACUCCACUCGGUCUCCGACCUAUAGAGCGUUUAUACUUUCCAACAUCUGUUAUUCAAGCCUUGUUCCAUGUCCCAGUGUUAAGAUUAGCCGUGCUAGCUUUCCGACCAACCAGAGAAGAUUGGGGCGAUACGACCGAUUAUUGGAGAGGAAUGUCUUCUAGAUUAUCAGGCCUUGGGUAUGAGCCAGCCGAUCAUCAAGAAAUCGGAAAGCGACGGCGCGAGUAUCUGAGAUUUAUGCAUGAAUUGCAAAAGCUCUUUGCUUUCUUGCAAUUAAGUAAACGUUCCUACGGAAGUGGAUUACAUGUGUACGAAGCGUUGAAAUUCGACGAUAGCAAUUACGUGACUUCUGAUUUAGUGUCAAGCGGAUCUGAUUUCAUUGGCAAGAUUCUCGAGAAGAUGGUCGAUGCCUCCAGAUAUCAACAGCCUUUAGAAGAGGAGUCAGAUAUUCCAGAAGAGUGCAAACCAUUUAUAUUACCGUUUUCCACGCUUUUGAAAUCUUGCGCGACCGAAACAGGCUGGGCGAAUGAAGAGAUGUAUUACGGCGAUCUUCAGACGAGAGAAUGCACAAAUAUGAUAUCCUUUUUUUUCUGGUUUUGGCAGAAUUCUAUUUACGCAGCUCUGGACAGUGUAAUGUUUCAGGGUCACAAAAAAGUCGCCUUUAUCAAUCUUACCAAAGUAAUGUUUAUAAACAUUAAGAGAUCCAACUCAGGCUACUCAUCGUAUGGGUGGAACGAUCCUUUCCAAAUUCAUAAAACGUUGUAUAUGGAUCGGUACAUGAUACAUAAUAGAGCAGAGGUAGAGACAAUACUGGAGUCUGUCGAGCAGUUGAAGAGGAAUCUCGAAAGAUGGGAAGGCGAGAUCGACAAGAUUAAUAAAAGCAAUAAUUCAUGUAGUGGGUUAGAAUUACUUCGACUAUCGAUUGACUAUUACAGACAAAAACAAGCCUCAAAGCCUCCGAAUGAGCUUGACUUUAAUGAUGAGGAUGAGAAGAUGAUCACAUUUUUACAGAAAACUUUAAAUUUAAUGGAGCAACGAUUGAAAGAACUGGAGGAAAAAGUAGAAAAAAUAAAGGAUCAACUCGAGCAUGUGUUUGACUUGGAAGCGUUCCGUAAGGUUGAAUAUCAUCUUAAAGCUGUGCUCGUGAGUGAUAGUAUCAGCCAAGGACAUACGUGGGCUUACAUAUGGGUUCCUACCGAGAAUACGGGAGAUGAUUUGAUUAUGGAUCUUGACGAGAAGGACGGGUGUUGGUACAAAUUUUGUGAAGUUGAUGUUCAAAAGGUUACCGAAGAUGUUGUGCUCUCUGCAACAACGAAUACGUGGUCUGACGGUGUAUACGCGCUUGUAUACGCGGCAGCUGAACACGAUUCCAGUUAUCUCAAUUCCGAGUUUAUGAAAUCCGUCAUCCCGGAAUCUCUAAAGAAUUUCGUUGCUAAAGACUCGGCAGAAUUUGAUGAGGAAUUGCAACAGCAUUCGCAGAAGAUAUCUGAGUACGCAUUGAACACGAAUAAAUGGCGCCAAGAUUCCACGUCUUCAGUCACAAGAGAAUGUAGUGUCGGUCAUAUGGAUAACACGUUUUCUUGUUACCAGAAACAACGCAGAGACUACACCGAUCCUAUUCCCUUGGAUUCUAGCUAUCAUUCAGACAGCACGAUUCAGCCGUUUGUUCAAGCAUACGAUACAUACAAAAAGGUUACUUCUUGUCUCUGUGAUGGAUUAGACGAACUGGCAAAAUCGUAUUAUGAGGAUGCACUCAAGAUAUUCAUACGAGUGGCGUAUUUGGAAGAUAAAUGGAUACAGGAUUAUAGUGAUAUUAUGGGGAGAGCUAAUGAAUUGGAGAGGUUGCCAGAGAUCCUCAAAUAUGGAAGAGAAUGUCUACUACAAAUGCACAGAAGAUCUCGCGAUCUAGUUCGUUCCCAGGGAGUCAAUGAUGCUUUCAAAGUGAUUUACUAUUUUCAGGCACUUGUCAAAGAAUGGGGAAAGGACAGACUAUACCAGCAAUUCCACCAUGAUUGGAUGAAGUUUCACGAAAAUAACGAAAAUGAUCUAGACGAUUACCAGAAUGCUCAAAUACGGGAACUCCUCCAAUGGUAUACCGAUGGGUUGCCAGAAGACGCGUUUACUAGGUUUGGUGAUAUAGCUGUGAAACCACUAGAUGAAGAUCAACCGGUCGAGGACGUAGACCGCCUUCACGCAAGAUACGCGAAACUUUUGAGAGAUCUUGAAAAUAUUUAA